AUGAAGUCUGGCCCCAAGAGGCACCGGCUUUAUAUAGCUGCAGAUGAGAUCGUGCUGUACACGUCCGAGAAGCCCAAUUGGGAUUAUCAUGCUGAAAUACAAGCAUUUGGACAUCGAUUACAGGAAACCUUUUCCUUGGAUCUUCUUAAGACUGCAUUUGUUAAUGACUGCUACAUUAAAAGUGAAGAGGCCAGGCGCCAAAAACUUGGGAUAGAGAAAGAAGCCGUUCUUCUGAAUCUUAAAGAUAAUCAAGAACUAUCCAAACAAGGGGCAUCUUUUUCACAAACUUGCCUGACACAGUUCCUUGAAGAUGCCUUCCCAGACAUGCCCACGGAGGGCAUCAGCAGUCUCGUUGGCUUUCUCACUGGCGAGGAAGUCGUGUGCCAUGUGGCUAGAAACUUGGCUGUGGAGCAGUUAACCCUAAGUGCAGAAUUCCCAGUCCCCCCACCGGUCUUGAAGCAGACUUUCUUUGCAGUGGUUGGUGCCCUGCUGCAGAGCAGCGGGCCCCGGAGGGCUGCCCUCUUCAUCAGGGACUUUUUAAUAACGCAGUUGACUGGCAAAGAGCUCUUUGAGAUUUGGAAGCUCGUAGACCCCAUGGGGCUUCUGGUGGAAGAGUUGAAGAAAAGGAAGAUUUCUGCCCCCGAAUCCAGAUUGACUCGGCAGUCCGGAAGCAGCACAGCUGUGCCUUUGUAUUUUGUCGGUUUAUACUGUGAUAAGAAGUUGAUUGCAGAAGGACCUGGGGAAACCGUGCUGGUGGCAGAGGAAGAAGCCGCUCGAGUGGCACUCCGGACACUGUUUGGAUUCACGGAGAACAGGCGCCCCUGGGACUACUCCAGGCCGCAAGAAAACAGAGUGGAGACGUCCAUCGCUGCCAGCUAACGGGCCAGCCAAGAUGUGGAGCUUAGCGUUGCUGAGGGAGACCAGGAGGCAAACAUCAAUGAUGUCCUGAGCUAGACGUGUUUUACGUUGUAAAGAAAUAUGUCUGUUUCUUCAUCUGCUGUUCUUAAAUAAAUGCUAAUCAUGUCACUCUGGAUCUGAAUCGACUCCAGAACAAA